UAUCAGGAGCAGUCAGUAAAGUGUUGUAGACUCUCUGAGAGGCUCCCGAGCCGCUCCGGCAGAAAAGGUGAACACCGGAGGGAACUCAGACGGACACGGUCGACUUCUCCAAAUUGUCACCGAAAGCACAGACGAUCCUGCCGAGACCAGCGCGCGCGGAGCGGCGAGUAGCGAGUCUGUCCAUUCCGCUCCCGUCCGCUGCCCCGAUGGCCCAAGGAAACUGAAACGGAUCCUCCUGGAAACGGAUCCCUCCUGUAAACGGAUCCCUCCUGGAAACAGAUCCUCCUGUGGAUUCCUCUGGACGAUUCUCGGCUGUCUCCGUCCAGCUGAGCCUGGACACACCUUGUUAAUGUCAAUCAAGAUUCCGCCUAGGUUGCCAUGACGACCGAGGAGUGUCCCUCGCUGCCGGGGGGCAGACCCCCGGGCGGGCCGGUGCCGAGGCGGAGACUAGGGGCGGAGCUAGAGCUGGAGCUGGGGGCGGAGCUAGAGCUGGAGCUAGCUCUGGACGAUGACCUCAUCGUGGAGGUGGGCGGUGGCGACGGCGGGGUAAGCGACGGCGAUGGGGAGGAGGAGGAAGAGGAGGAGGAGGAGGUGGAGGACGAGGUGGGCAGCGUGGGCAGCGACCUCAGCAGCCUGGUGGUCCCAUUCCCUGAGCUGGCGCCCGUCGUCUUCUUCUGCCUGAAGCAGACCACCUGCCCCCGUAGCUGGUGCAUCCGCAUGGUCUCCAGCCCGUGGUUCGAGAGGAUCAGCAUCAUGGUGAUCCUGCUCAACUGCGUCACCCUGGGGAUGUAUCAGCCCUGCGAGAACAUCCACUGCACCUCCGACCGCUGCCAGAUACUGCAGGCCUUUGAUGCCUUCAUCUACGUCUUCUUCGCUCUGGAGAUGGUGGUGAAGAUGGUGGCCCUCGGGAUCUUCGGUCAGCGCUGUUACCUCGGCGACACGUGGAACCGGCUUGACUUCUUCAUCGUCAUGUCCGGGAUGGUGGAGUACUCUCUGGACCUCCAGAACAUCAACCUGUCGGCCAUCAGGACGGUCCGCGUGCUCCGACCUCUGAAGGCCAUCAACAGAGUGCCCAGCAUGCGUAUCCUGGUCAACCUGCUGCUGGACACCCUCCCCAUGCUGGGCAACGUGCUGCUGCUGUGCUUCUUCGUCUUCUUCAUCUUCGGCAUCAUUGGGGUGCAACUGUGGGCGGGGCUCCUGAGGAACCGCUGCUACCUUGAGGAGAACUUCACACUCUCCCCGGGGCUGGCCCUGCCGGGCCCCUACUACUCCCCUGAUGAGGAUGACGAGCGGCCCUUCAUCUGCUCACUGGCCGCUGAUAACGGCAUCAUGUCGUGCGGCGACGUGCCGGCGCGGCGGGAGGGUGGGCGGACCUGCUGCCUGGACCGGGAGGACGCUCUCCACCGCCAGAGCCUGGGGCUGGAGCCCGAGGGCCUGGGGCCCAACGGCAGCGGCCCCGGGGCUGGGGGCCUCUGCGUCAACUGGAACCAGUACUACACCCGCUGCCACACUGGGAGCGGAAACCCCCACAAGGGGGCCAUCAACUUCGACAACAUCGUCUACGCCUGGAUCGUCAUAUUUCAGGUCAUCACUCUGGAGGGAUGGGUGGAGAUCAUGUACUACGUCAUGGACGCCCACUCCUUCUACAACUUCAUCUACUUCAUCUUCCUCAUCAUCGUGAGUAAAGCUUUAAUACCCCCCCUUACAUCGUAGGGGCCACCUUGUUGGAGUCCCAGCCGGGACUAACUCUCCCUGAGACGCCCUGACCGCAGCCUUGUGGAGGAGAUGUCCUCCACACUCCACACAGGUGACCCUGAUACUUCCUCAGAGGUAGAGGGGGAAUUAUGAAUCACUGGCCUCUCCCAGAGAUACUCCAGCCAGCAGGUUGUACUUUGAAAGGCCGUCCGGGGGUGCGUUUCCUAAAACAGUCAGGACGUUAGCAUUUUGCUGACUUAUUACUAAGCCCAGUUGUACUAUACAGCAGCCGAACUACGAGUGUUCGGCUACGAUUCCAAAAAUCUCAUAGCAACAUAGCAAUACGUAGCUGACCUCGUUGAUUAGCUGCGUACUUAUCAGCUAAUACUGUACAAAGUGAACAGAUGUUUUCUGAAGGCGCAGUUUGGAGUUGCUCUGAGGCUUUCAAUCAUUCACAGUUGGAAGCCUCACAAACUUUGAUAUUUAGACUACAUGCUUGUUAUACAGUUGUGACUAAUAUUCGCCAACUAGAUCGUGUAUAGUCUACC